UGAAGAGCUAGCGGGUUGCGUCAGAAGGACAAAAGCUUUUGUGGGUUCAAGCUUUUGUUACAGUGUCGGUACAAUGUCUGUUCCUCCUAACUACUCUGACCUGGGAAAAGCGGCGAAGGAUAUCUUUAGCAAAGGCUACGGCUUCGGAAUCGUAAAGUUGGACCUCAAGACCAAGUCGCAGAAUGGAGUUGAAUUCAACACAUCCGGAUCUACUAAUAUUGACUCUGGCAAGGCUGGUGGGAGUUUGGAGACCAAGUACAAGCUGAAGGAGCUGGGCCUGGGUCUCAAUCAGAAAUGGAACACGGACAAUACUCUCGCUACUGAACUUUCAGUGGAGGACCAGCUGGCCAAGGGCUUGAAGGUGGCUCUUGACACGUCCUUUGUUCCAAACACAGGCAAGAAGAGCGGCAAGCUGAAGACUGGCUACAAGCGGGACUAUAUCAACCUGUCCUGCGAUGUUGACUUCGAGGGCCCAGUCGUGCAUUCAGCGGCUGUUUUGGGCUAUGCGGGCUGGUUGGCUGGUUACCAAAUGGCAUUUGACACAGCCAAGUCCAAACUGGUGCAGAACAAUUUUGCUCUUGGCUACAAGGCUGGCGAUUUCCAGCUUCACACCAAUGUAAAUGAUGGAACCGAGUUCGGAGGCUCUGUCUACCAGAAGGUGAACAAUCAGCUGGAGACUGCGGUCACUCUGGCGUGGACUGCUGGCAGCAACAACACACGCUUUGGCAUCGCCGCCAAAUACCAGCUGGACAGUGAUGCUUCUUUGUCUGCCAAGGUGAACAAUGCCAGUCUGAUUGGAGUUGGUUACACUCAGUGUCUGCGACCAGGUGUGAAGGUGACACUCUCUGCGCUCAUCGAUGGCAAGAAUUUCAACACUGGAGGACACAAAGUUGGACUGGGCUUUGAACUUGAAGCAUAAAUACCCACCCUAGUGGUAUUUAUCCUACAUGUUCUGUUGUUCUUUGUCCACAAGCAUUACCCCACCACGUCACUUGAUUGAAAAAUAAAGACGUGAUAAUUGGUGCUGAUUUGAGUGACUCAGUCAACACUUGAACGCUAAAUGUUUCCAUCUGCUAAAUAAAUGGUCCACCAAUGAAU